UUCCUUACAACAACAAACUUACACACGUUCGCUUCCAACAACAAACAAAACUCCAUCCAAGAUGAAGAGCUUCACCACCCUCGUUCUCGCGGCCACCGCCGUCUCCGCCGCCGCCGUCAGCAAGCCCCUUGUGCAGCGCAACACCGGCUCCGACCUCAACAUCAAAAUUGGCAACGACAUUGUCAACUCUGCCGCCUACGAGAAGUUCCUCAACACCGAGGUCCUGGCCCCCAAGAAGCUCCAGACCCGCCAGGACGGCGAGCCCGACCCCAACCGCAACGAGACCAACCCCGAGACCAUCUUUGUGCUUCAGUGCACCGAUGCUGGUUUCCGCGGGGACUGCCUCGUCUUCGGUGCCAGCCCCGGUGACUGUGUCUCCUACUUCAACUUCCAGGCCGCCAACUCCACCGUGAUCAGCGACCGCUUCAACGACCAGGUCUCUUCCCUCUCCACCAACACCGGUGGCAAGUGCCAGUUCUACAAGUACAAGGGCUGCAACAACAAGGGCGAUGACCGUGGCCUGACCUCUUCUUACAACUACAACCUGGCCGUCGCUCUUCCCGACGACCCUCGCACCGUCGAGUACGAGAACCAGAUCACCUCCUGGAGAUGCUAA